CCUUUUUAUUCUUUCUCUUCUGGGGGACAGACCCACAAACGUUUGGCAGAAGGAAGAAUCUCUAGGAGAGUGAGAUAACUUUCCCUAUCGAAGUAUCAAUCGAUCUAAUUCUCCCUUCCUUUCGUCUCUCUUUUCUCCACAUCAGAUAGAAAACCACUCUCAACCCUCUUCCCGUCUCUUCCAUCAAACCCUAGAAACCAGAAAGAGAAAUCUCGAGCCCGCUCGCUCGAUGGCGAUCCAGGAGAGGCUCUUGGGGCUGGCGGUGGAGUUCCGGUUCCACAUCCUCGGCGCCGCCGCCCUCGCUGCUGCCGUUUUCUUACUCCUCAGCGUGGGGCCCAGCUUCACCACCGUAGUCAGUUUCUUCUGGCCCCUUCUCCUCUCCACCGGCUUCUUGCUUGCCGCCGUCGCCGUCCUCCUCCGGAUCUCCCCGCCGCCGGAGGCGACAGCCGGCGAGCGCACCGGGGAGGAGCUCAUCCACUACGUCGCCGGCCGGCCGGAGGAGGCGCACCAGGAGCCGCAAGCGGCGGAAGAAGGGAGCGAGGCGUCGGCGGGGGAGAACGAAGGCGAGCGGGAUGAAGAGGGACACCCAAAGUCGCAGUAGUGGAAGGGGGAAAGAAAUGGAUCUCGCGUGUGCUCCGCCGGAGGAACGGCUAUUCGGCCUUCGUGGCGAGCGCUGAUUGGAGAUUGAAACGUGGCGCACCAGAUCCGCGAGCGCCGAUAGCUGGAAAGUGCGCCGGUGUAAUAAUCUGCCUCUGAAGGAGGUUGUGGUCUGGGAAUGGGGAUUGUAUUGUACGGUGGUGGGUAUUUUAGGAAUAAAAUCAAUGAUAGAGACUUUGAUCUGGACUUUUCGAAAUGGGAUGUGGAUCUUGUGGGAAUACUGUAGCCAUGGCGGUGCGUUGUUUUCUUAUCGUGGGUUGAUCUUUUAAGAAAAA